CCGGCUACAACAAAGGAGCCUGAAAAAUUUGUGGUAUUAUGGAAUAGACAAUGAUUUUGAGGUGUCACAAGCAAAAAUUAUUGAUUCAUUAAUGCCAUGAAUUUUAUCAUAAUUGCACAUCAUAAGAUGGUAUCUCGAAAUGGAUCGCCGUAAUUUUAGAAACCGCAAUGAACCCACAAGAUGGCCAUUUCUGGCUUUUAUGACUGUUGUGGCUUGUCUAAUUUAUCGUAAUGUAAUUACUUCUGUCGAAGAUAAAAAAUUAGAGGAUAAUUGUCUUUUGUGGUUGAAGAGUAAUGGUUUGUCUUUCAUGGUCGACCUGCUUGAGAAAAAAGAAGGUAUUGGAUCAUUUGUUGACAUUCUACAAAUAGACAUUGAAAAGUUAGCUAAACAACACAAAGUCACAAUCACGGAAAGAGAUAAAUUUGUUAAGAAACGAAAGGCUUUAACCAUUGAAACAAAUAAAGUGGAAAAAUGGCUCAAAGACAAAGGUUUAGAGAUAUAUGCUUCAGGUUUUUAUGAACUGGGUUAUGUCAAUAUUGCACGAAUUUGCAAUGAAAUGCAGGCAACUGAAAUCAAAGAUGUGAUUCAAAAGAAAGAUGGAUCAUUUUCAGAUUAUCAAUCCCUUCUUACUGCACUCAAUGAACUAAAAAAUGACUCAAAUAUCUGGUUGAUUGUUUCUGUUUUCUAUUUCAUACUGUCUUCUGCGAGCUACAUUUUCAAAUUGCUACUUUCUUUGUUUAUUCUCCUAAUUGGCUAUCAACUUUAUUGUGGGACCUUGGCUCAUUACCAUAGAUACCGGUACCAAUUGUAUAAUUUAUCAUUUUCUAAUUUCAUUGGUUAUUGUUGGGAUGCAAGUUCUUGUAAGGUUGAGUGGUUACAAAAUGAUGAUGUUGUUGGCUGUACUGCAUCUUUCAUCAUUAAGCUAUACCGUCGUGCGUGGUUUUUUCCAUAUAAAAUAAGAGGUGAUGAAAAUGUCCAUGUUGAAAUACGUAACAAGAAAGGCGUUGAGGCGUUUCUCAAAGAGCGUUAUGAUAAACGUAGAAACGCUUACCUGGUGACAUUUUUUCCAAAGAUUUCUGGUGUUUACACUAUAUCAAUUUUAUUAAACGGUCAACGUAUCAACGGGAGUCCAUUCAAACAAGUUUAUAAUCCUGGUGUCGUCGACACGUCGAAAAUUGCAGUACUUAAUGAAACCGAAAUAAUCGUUGUCAACAAAGGUGUUUAUUCCCCUCUGAAGAUUGAUGCGCGUGACAAGUAUGAGAAUCAUUGUGAACUUGACUUUACUGUUCACACGUGUGAAGUUCAUAUUAAACAGGCUGGCUUGAAUGGACGAGUUGUUGAUUCUGAGCCAUUGUUCUUUGCCAAUGAAGACAGAGGUCGAAAUGUUUUGCACAUUAAGCUGGAGGAUGAAGGCUGUUUUCAUGCAUCGAUCACGUGUCAAGGGAGGCCAUAAAACGGUGUAUUUGAUAUUGUAUCUUUGAGUGACUGUGCUAUGGGGAAACUUAACACAAACACAUCUCGAGAUGGUUGGCAUCAAACCUGGUAUGAUGGAUAUCUUCUUCCGUCAGAUUACGAUCCUGACCUGCAGGAAGAAUGGACUGGCAUCCUUAGGCACUCACGUAAAAUAUAUUUUUACUUUUCAUCAAGGCAACUAACUGUGAAAGAGUUUUAUUGCAAGAUAUUUCCGUACAGAUUGUAUUCAUUUAGAAUUUCUCCCUCGACUAAGAUUAUAUUACCAGACUACGACGAAAAUCACCAAAUCUUCUGUGUUGAUGAUGGGAUUCAAUCUGUUGUCAUGUUUUCAUCCACCAAGAGAAGUCUUAUUUUAGCUACUUUUUCUCGGUUUUUACUUCGUAAUAUUGGUGGAGCUGAGACAUUCCUAGAAAAAGACGAUAUUUUUUCAAAGCUCUUCAAGCACAUCUUCCAGGAAUAUUACAAACCAAGAAAGAAGAUUUCAAUUGAAGUAAAUCGGAGAAAUAUUUUAGAAAGUUCUUUUGAAGCAACAAAGAAUUUUUCGGUAUCCAAGUGGUGCAGGCGCUUUUUUAUAAAAUUUGAAGGCGAACCAGGACAUGACGCUGGAGGACUUUCUAGAGAAUGGAUAUCUAUUUUAUCUGAUGCACUCUUUAAUCCAAAGAAUGAGUUGUUUACUCAUUUCAGCAAGGAAGAUAAACAGUCACUGAUAUGUCCAAACCAAAAUCGACCAUCACGACUGAAAUUAAAGUAUUAUGAGUUUGCUGGUCGCAUUGUGGGCAAAUGUAUUUUUGAGUCUUCGUGCAGCGAGUCACGUCGUUUGAAUAUAAAGGCGAGGUUCAUGAGAUCAUUUCUCGCUCAAGUCAUUGGACUUCGCGUUAACUUUAAGUAUUUCAAGACGGAUGAUAAGCAACUUUAUUCUAACAAGAUAAAAUACAUUCAAGAAGUUGAUCCGGAUGAUCUUGAUUUGGUUUUCUCCGAAGAAGAGUAUGACAACGAUGGCAAUCUUCUUAAGGAAAUAGACCUAAUUCCGAACGGCCAUACAAUAAAGGUUACUGAAAACAACAAAAUGAAAUACCUGGACGCUCUUGCACAAUACAAAUUGAGCGCUCGUGUAAAGAAUGAAAUCGAUGCGUUUAUCAAAGGACUGAAUGAAAUUGUACCUGAUAGUCUAAUUACGAUGUUUAACGAACAAGAGUUGGAGCUUCUUAUUUGUGGGACAAGUGAUAUUAGCGUAAAUGAUCUAAAGAAAAAUCAUCUCGAGUUUGCCAGUGAUGCAUAUUUUGACAAGGUAAUGAAUUGGUUUUGGAAAGCCGCCUCUCUGUUUAAUCAAGACGAUUUUGCUCGAUUACUACAAUUCACAACAGGAAGUUCUCAACUCCCCCCUGGUGGAUUUUCUUCUCUAUCUCCCAAAUUCUUUUCAUCUUCACCACUAAGGAAUGCCUUGCCAAAAGCCCAUACGUGUUUUAACCAGCUGGUAUUGCCUGACUAUUCAAGUUACGAAGAAUUUCAACGUUGUUUGCAUCUUGCUUUAACAGAGGGAUGCGAAGGAUUCAGCUUUGUAUAAUUAACAUACACCAUGUACAAAUUAUAAAAGCCUAGUUUUCUAUUUGUGUAUCAACAUGCAUUAGUAUAUUUGACUAAGUUUCCCUUGAAGUAGAUAAUUUAUUUAAUAUAAUUUGAUAUUUAAAAUGCACAAAAAUCCAACAAA